GUUACCAAAAAUCUCAUUCGAAAAUCAUCACAAAACCCUAAGCUCAUUCUGCUCUCUAGUAAAUCCGUUACUUAAACCUGUUAUUUAAUUAAAAUUAUGAAUUUUCGUUUGUUCGCCAGUUUUAUUUUAUUUUUAUUUCUUUUUCACGGUCCCGCUGUUUUUAGCUACUCAUUCAGUGAGGUUAAACUAAAGUGUAGUAAAACACCGAAUCCGCAACCAUGCGAGUAUUUCUUGAGCAACAGCCCGAAUUACGGUCCGAUGUUAAAUGAUCCCGAUUUUCUCAAAGUGUCGAUAAAGCUGGCCCUGGACCGAGCCAUGCAUGCGAAUCUCAACACGAAGAGUUUAGGCACGAAGUGUCGCAAUAAGCUCGAAAAGGCUGCAUGGGAUGAUUGUCUCGAGUUGUACGACUCCACCAUCCGCAAACUCAACAAGACCAUCAGCCCAUGCAGCCAAGAGGACGCGCAGACGUUCCUCAGCUCUGCGCUGACGAAUCUCGAGACGUGUCGGGCCGGGUUUCUUGAGCUAGGGGUAAGUGAUAACCUACUACCCUUGAUGCAAAACAAUGUGUCUAAAUUAAUUAGCAACACUCUAGCGAUGAACAAAGGGGUGUAUAAGAAGGCGAGCUACAAGGGGAAGUUCCCGACGUGGGUUACUCCGGGGGACCGGAAGCUUCUGCAGACGUCGACCCCGAAGGCGAAUGUUGUGGUGGCGCAGGAUGGGUCGGGGAACUAUAAGACGGUGGCGGCGGCGGUUGCGGCUGCUAAGAGUAGUAGCGGAAGGUUUGUGAUAUAUGUGAAAGCAGGUGUUUAUAAUGAGAAGAUUGAGAUCAAGGCUAAGAAUAUCAUGAUUGUUGGCGAUGGGAUUGGGAAAACGAUACUAACUGGAAGCAAAAGUGUAGGAGGAGGAAGCACCACCUUCGCCUCCGCCACUCUCGCUGUUGUCGGAGACGGAUUUAUCGGUAGAGGCUUCACAGUCAGAAACACGGCAGGAGGGAAGAAUCACCAAGCCGUGGCACUCCGGUCCGGCUCCGAUCUCUCGGUCUUUUACCAAUGUAGCUUUGAAGGGUAUCAAGACACUCUCUACGUUCACUCUGAUCGCCAGUUUUAUAGAGAAUGCGACAUAUACGGAACUGUCGAUUUUAUUUUCGGGAACGCGGCUGUCGUUAUUCAGAAUUGUAACAUCAGGCCCCGAAAACCUCCAGCAGGUACCAACACUAUAACGGCUCAAGGCCGAACCGAUCCGAAUCAGAACACUGGAAUUAUUAUCCAUAACUGCAGGGUCACACCAGCUGAUGAACUCAAGCCUGUUCUGAGUUCGACUAAGAACUAUCUUGGUAGGCCUUGGAAAGCAUAUUCGCGCACAAUUUUUAUGAAAACAUUUCUCGAUGGAUUUAUUAAGCCCGAAGGCUGGAUGGAAUGGAGCGGGAAUUUUGCCUUGAAAACGUUGUAUUAUGGCGAAUACGCGAACACUGGAGCAGGUGCAGCAACUGGAGGAAGGGUUAAAUGGGGAGGAUAUCAUGUUCUUACUACUGCAGCUUCGGUUUCGGAUUUCACGGUGGGGAAUUUUAUUGCUGGGAGUUCUUGGUUGCCUAAAACAAACGUUCCCUUCACUUCUGGACUUUAAUUAGUAAAUAUCAUCAAUCAUGUUAAUUUUUUCUGAAUCCAUAGUGUUCGUGUAUAACUCACAGUAUUGUUCUGAAACUAUAUGUUCGGUGUUUAUAAUAUAAAGGGCAUUCAAUAUGUGUAAAAUCCACAAUUGUAAAGAUAUGUAAUGAAUAAAAGACCAAAUUUUUUCUCUUCAACAA